AGUGCGGUUCUGCUCCGUCGCGGCGUCGUUGUGCACGGGUCUCUCGUACGAUGCGCCAUAAGGCCAAAACGCUCGACGCAAAUAUAUUUUUCCCUCAAUAAAUAAUGAACUCGUGACAAUUCCGGGGAGAACUAACGAAAAAUCUAUGUAAAAAUGCUAUUGUAGUGCAAAAUACAGGUUUCUUGACAACAAUAAUCUUAGCUGAGUCAUAUAGUGUCACCAAACUCAAAUUAUAAGCAAGAUGAGUGAAACUUCAGCUGUACCAAAUUUGCCAAUUGAAGGUGAUGUACAACUUGACGAAACGGCGAUCAAUGACGAAGAACUUGUCAGCUCUGACCUCGUGACAGGUUCACGCGAGGUCCGAAAAGUGGCUGGACUACCACAAAAAUCAGUGCCGAAGAAACCGAAAGGGAGGCAAACAGCAAAAUCGAAAGAUACUGGUCGGGUGGAGGAAGAUGAGGAAGAUGAGCGAGGAAGGAAGAGUAACGAGGGUACCGAAUUGGAGGAGAGUCCUGCACAGGUGUCCGAGCGUUUUGGUCGAGGUUGCGAGUGUCAAGACGAAAGCUGUUUCAGAGGACUGAGUCCGGAUGCUGUUUAUCGUCACAGGUUAAACAUUGCGGAGUUAACAAAAGCUGAGCACGACAUGUACUUGAUGGGUGUGACAAUGGCAUGCUUGACGGAUCCAGGGAAAACAGCUCGUCGAACAGAGCGGAGAAGGUCGAGAGCCCGCUACGUUUCUCAGGGGCGCAGGGUUUGCUUGGACGCUUUUCUUUAUCUCGAGAAUUGUACGCGUUAUCAAAUAAAGCGAAUCCGGAAGCACUUGCAGAUCCACGGAGUUUGUCCUCGAGUUCAUGGAAAUCAGGGAAAAGUUCCGCACAAUACAUUCUCCCUGGACAUUUAUCAGAUCGCAACGGAUUUCCUGAAGAAAUUUAUCGCCGCCCAAGAACUCAAGCAGCGCACGAAAACUGCAAAAAAUUCGCCUCUCCACUUGCCUCCGGAAAUCACGAGGAAAAACGUCCACGAAAUGUACGCCGAAUUCUGCGAAAAAACUUCCUCCAAAGUCAUGGGAUAUUCGACCUUCAGACGCUUCAUGAAAGUUCAAUUUCCCCAGGUCAAAUUUGCCAAACUCGAAUUCGUACUGCGGGGACAACAUUCCGGAAAAGUCGACUCUGAAAAACCACAGUACUCCAAUACUCAGAACAGAAACUCAACUUUUGUCACACAAAAUCUCAACGACUUUCCUAUCGUUGUUGCUGCACGACACGACACCUUCCUUCUGACCCCUGUGAAAAAAAUAUCCGAAGACCUCGGACUGACCCUCACCGAAGAUGGACUUUUGGUCAACGGCACCGGGCAACCGGUCACGUUGAGCACUCUCCGCUCUGUUUGAAUGACCAAUUUCUAUUUUCGUUAUUUCUGUUUCUCGAUUUGAUGUCAUUCGAGGCUAAUAUAGAAAUUGGAUUUCUCAUUUUUCCAAUCGUAAAUGAAUUUUUUAUUGAGUCGAAACAGCUGUGACAUUGAGCUGAGUAUUAGUCAUUUCAAAAAUGCCUUUUCAAAUGUUUUACUAUGUGAAAAAAAGAGUAUUUUCCAUAUUUGGAAAUAGGCCAUUAGUUUAAGAGACUUUGAUAUUAGCCUUAGGAUUAAUCGGAGGCUGUUUCGAGCAUUGGCUAGUUUGAAAAAAUGUUAAAAUAAUAAGAAGAAUUAUCUUAGCCCCUAGUGAUCAAAACUUUCUGCACGCAUUUGCAAUAAUUAUUCUCACCGAAUGUGCGGAACAAUAUUUUUUGUCACAAACGAUUUUCGUGUUACAGAAAAAUUUGUAGACAAGAAUUCUUGAGAGGCAUUAUGCCUCGAUCAUAGAAAAAACGUUUAGUUUUCCGAUCAAACGGCGGAAGUCUUUUGUAACGAAAACAUUUUGUUUCGUUCAAAAGAUCAAACUCGAGUUGAUUUAAAGUAAGACGAAAAAAAUUAUUGUUUCAAAUUAAUAUAUCCUGAUGAUCUACUCGAGCCAUUUAUCAACGUUGACUCAUUUUGAGAUUCAAUGAAUUAACAGGACUUCAUAUGGAAUUCUUAUUUUUUAUGUUUUUCACAUUUUUGAACGUUGACCCGAACGUCCAUGGCUUACAGUUCGUUAAAUAAGUUUUGAAAAUUGACUCUGCCUUGAGGUCCUUGAGAAAAUAAGAGAGUCAAAGUCCAACGUUGUUUUUCUUUUUUGACGAAAUAAAAUGUUUCCUCAAUUUUUUAGAAAGGAUUGUCAUUGUAAUUGAGAAGUCGAAGGAGCGUAAAUAUAAAUAUUAUCCAAUGAGACGAGGCGAGUACAAAAUUGUAGAAUUUCAUGAUAAGCAUAAUAAUAAAAGAGCUCACGAAGAAAA